AUGGAAGAAGUGACCAGGCCAGUCUCUGGGGCAGAGCUGGAGGACAGCGUCCCCCGCGCCCCCGCCAUGGAGGACCAACAUCCUGAGCAAGAGGAUCCAGAGUUUGAGGUGGAAAUGCAUCCCAGGGGAGCUGAGAUGGCCAUGGGCCCCCGACCCUGUGGUUCAGCAAAGGAGCCGGGAGCUGACACAGAGCAGACGAAGACAAGCAUCCAAGACAGAAUCCAGGCGCUCCGCCUGCGCCAGACCUUGGAGCUCCUGGAUGAGAUGCAGGAAGAGAAGGACUUCUCCAUUCAGAGGACAAGAGAGGAGCUGAGCGCCUGCCGCCAGCGGAUGAGCCUGCUUAGCAAACAGCAGAAGAACAUGGCAGCCCAGACCACCCUGGAGAGGGAGAACAACAACAUGGCAGCUGUGGGCCGUCUCCAGGCUGCAUCCAGGCGCCUGCACACAGAGCUGGAGAACGAAGAAGCCCUGCAGUCGAGGAUCACAGCCACAUUGAAGGAGACCCAGAACGCCAUGUGGCACAUUGAGCUCAAGAAGGGGCAGUUUGAGGAUGCCCGGAAGUGCGUCCAGGAUGAGGCGGAGGCCAAAGGGAGGCGUCUACAGGCGCGCACAGCCCGGCAGCUCCACAAGGAGAAGGAGGCCUUGGGGAAGGCAGAGAGAAACAGGCUGCUGCGGACCCGGAAGUCCAUGCACCUGCAGCGGGAGCUGGGGCUCAAGCACCAGAAGCUGCUGGAAGACGCCCAGAGGAACCACAAGGUGGCAGUGAAGUUCCUGAAGGCCUCUUUGGGCCGGAUACGAGAGCGAGAGCAGAAGGAGGAAACUGAGUCCCGAGAGCACAUGAAGCGGCGCAUGGAUGCCGUGCUGGCCCUGAAGAACAACAUCACUGCCAACCGGGAAACGCUGCGGAAGUUUCAGGCCUGGGGCCAGGCCAGGGCUGAGCUGGCGGAGCAGAAGGCCCAGGCAGAGAAGGAGCUGAUCCUAGCACAGGGCGGAGAUGCCUUCAGGCACCUCAUCCACCAGCACCGGCUCCAGGAGCUGGAGGCUCAGAAGAGGACCUUCGAGGAAGAGCAGAAGCUGCGGAGACUGGAGAUAGUCAGCAAGAUUUUGAAAGAGGAAGUGAAAGAAGAAAACAGGAAAAAGAAACAACACCGGCCUGCCAGAACCACAGAAUGCAGGACUCUGCGAGACAAGACCUGGAACUACAUCUCCAACAUCUGCGAGGCCAGGGUAGAGCCCGUGACCUCCCAUUACCCAGAUGAGGAUGAGCCCCCCAAGCACUUGUGGCUCUCGAAAGCCCUCUCCACCGAGUGUGUGCAGGUGGACCUUGCAGCCCUCAACAUUCAGGAGGAGGUCCUGGCUGAGCCAGAGAUCCCUGGGCUCUGGAGCGAGGACUAUAAGCCGUACCAGGUGCCCAAGGAGGAGGUGGACCAGAAGCCUGUGGGCGGGACCAAGAUGGACCGGGACAUCCUGGCCCGCACCAUGGAGCAGCUGCGCAGCGGGAUCAUCCACAAGCAGGUAGUAUCCGGCCGGGAGUUCAAGGGCCGGCCCUUCAACAGCAAGCCUGAGGUCAUCCACUUCAAGGACUUCGAUGUUGGCAAAGUGUACAAGAAGAAGAUCACUUUGAUAAACGCCACCUACACCAUCAACUACUGCAAGCUGGUGGGUGUGGAGGAGACCCUGCGGGACUUCAUCUACAUCGACUUUGACCCCCCCGGCCCCAUGUCUGCUGGGAUGUCCUGCGAGGUCCUGGUCACCUUCAAGCCCAUGAUCAAUAAAGAUCUGGAAGGAAAUGUCUCCUUUUUGGCUCAGACAGGCAGUUUUUCUAUUCCACUGAAAUGUUCAACAAAGAAAUGUUCCCUGUCUCUCGACAGAGAGCUCAUCGACUUUGGCAGCUACACUGUGGGGGAGACCACAACCCAGACCAUCACGCUGACCAACACUGGGGGCCUGGGCACCAAGUUCAAGUUCCUCAUGGCAUCUGAGAACUAUGGCACAGAGGACUAUGAGGCCAUCCUGAAAAUGAGCAGCCUCUUCACCUUCGAGGACAAAAGCAUCUACGAGAAGGUUAUCACCAGUUUCUCUGAGACACCCUUUGAGGGCUUUGAGUCCAUGGCAGACCUUCCGAGCCGGUGGGACCCGGAGAAGCAAGAUGAAGCUGAGGUGACUCCUGUGGCCAACGGUGCUGGUCCGAAUGAGGAGCAGAUGGAGAUCACGCUGGGGGAGUUGACCGAGGGGGAAAUCGGCCCAUUCAGCUCCAUCAGAGUGCCCAUCAUCUUCACCCCAGCCAUCCCGGGCGAGGUGGAGGCCAGGUUCAAGGUCGCAUUUAAGAACCCACAGUCACCCACGGUGAGUACUGUGCUACUGGCUGAGAGGCCUGUCCUAGCUGUUGGCCUGGCAGUGGACGUGCCGGUCUGGCUACCCAGGCCCAAUGUGGACCUGAAGAUCUGCAUGUUCGACCGGCUGUACCAGGACUCCAUCCUCGUCCACACACGUUCAAAAGCAGCCCUGCGCCUGAAGUUUGAAGUUUGCAAGGAGCUAAGAGGCCACAUGGAGCUCCUGCCUGAGACGGGCUACAUUCAGGCCAUGUCAACCUACUCCGUGCAGCUCAAAUUCUUGCCUCGACUCUCCCUUCCAGAAGAUGCAGGGAAGUAUUUUGACAAGGACAGCCGAGUUCUGGAGGCUCCAAUGACGAUCCGGGUCGCCGACCAGAUAAAACCCGUGGAGUUCACCGUCCAAGCCAUCGUCACCACGUCGGACCUGGAACUCAACCCCUCGGAGGUGGACUUUGGCUACUGCACCGUGUAUGAGGCCAUCAGGACGGAAAUCAACCUCAGCAACCACUCACUGCUGCCCCAGAUGUUCGGCUUCGUCGGCCUCCCCAAGUUUGUGGAUAUCCAGCCCAACGAUGGGUUUGGGACAAUCAUGCCGCUGGAGACUUUGCAAUUUGAUGUGAUCUUCCAGCCUGCCAAGGCCAGAGAGUACAACUUCGAGCUGGUCUGCAAAUCUGAGAUAAACAGACGCAGGCACACAGCCCCCUGGAGUCACCUGGAGAAGCAGGAGUGGAUGCGGCAGUGCCGCCAGCGAUGCCUGGUCCAGGUAUCCUUCAGGCCUGUGCUGUCCCACGAGGCGAUCGUGGGAGAAGCUGUGCAGAUCAUGACCAAGGAGAUGGAAAGCAAGGUGUUCCGGAAGGACACGUUUGCCCUGAAGAAGGACUUGUGGAAGCAGACAGUGUCUGCACUGCAGAACGACUCCUCCCUCCCCAUCAAGUUCUGGGUCCAGCUGGAGAGCCUGUCCAGCACCAGGGCGGAGGCCCGGCAGAAGCUGCCUCAAUUUCUGACCUCAGUGGCUCAGCGGACAGAAAUAGUUGGCACGCAGAACCACAGUGGCCAGAGCGUGUUCAGCGUGACACCGGUCGAGGGCCUCAUGCUGCCAGGGAAGGCGCAGGACUUCACCGUGACCUUCAGCCCCGACCAUGAGAGCCUGUACUAUUCUGACCGGCUGCAGGUGGUCCUCUUCGAGAAGAGGGUCUCCCACAGGAUCCUCCUGCAGGGCGCAGCUCGGGAGCACAUGAUGUUCGUGGAGGGUGGGGAUGCGCUGGACGUGCCGGUAGAGUCCCUUACAGUGAUGGCUACCUCAGAUCCAGACCACAGGGAAGAGUCUGAUGAGCUGAAGCCCAUCUUGGUGACCCUAGACUAUGUCCAGUUGGACAUGGACACACCAGCCCCACCAGCCACCCGGGAGCUGCACGUGGGCUGCAUCCGCACCACACAGCCAUCUGCAAAGAAGACAGGAGAAUUCAGCCUGGACAGCCUCACUUGGCUGCAGCACAAGGGUUUCACCAUAGAACCUUCCAGGGGCUCUGUGGAGCGAGGCCAGACCAAGACCAUCAGCAUCUCCUGGGUGCCACCUGCUGACUUUGAUCCCGACCACCCUCUCCUGGCAUGGGCCCUCCUGCAGCUCAGAGGGGACGUGAAGGAGACCUACAAGGUCAUCUUUGUAGCCAGCGUUGUGACGGGGCCCUAGGACACGAGGUGCUCACUCUCAAGAGACCCCGUCCCGCACCUGCAGCCCCCCAACCCCCCUCCCGCACCCCAGACUGUGGGCCAGACCCAUACACACCCCUCCCAGAGGCCUGCGCCCCAGAGCCCUCCAAGUCCCAAGCCCACAAGGCCCUUACGGAGCCCACUGAGACCUCUUCAGC